AAAAACUUGUCAGAAAAUUUGUUAGGAUUUCAGUAAAUAUUUGAUUAUUUAGCASAGUUUUACUUGGACGAUGGGAGACGAUGAUGAUCUAGCAUUUGCUUUAUUUCUCCAAGAACAAUUGAAUAACGAAAAUUCUGAAAUAGUGCCACAAAAACAGUCAAACGUCCCAACUUCUCUGGUCGACCCRUCAUGGGAAUUGAUYGAUCCUAACCCAGAUAUCAGACAGUUGUUUCUGCAGUUUAAUCAGGAAUACUUUGAUGGAAUGCUUGGUGGAGUAGAAGUGCGUUGGAGUCCAAGAAUGACACUCUGUGCUGGGUUAUGCUGCUAUGAAGGAAGAGGUGGUCUUUGUUCUGUAAGACUGAGUGAACCAUUAUUGAAAUUGAGGCCAAGAAAAGAUUUAGUUGAGACGUUACUGCAUGAAAUGAUCCAUGCUUUGCUSUUUGUGACUCAAAACAACAAGGAUCAUGAUGGUCAUGGCCCUGAGUUUCAUAAACACAUGUAUAGAAUAAACAAACAAGCAGGGACUAAUAUUUCUGUCUACCACAACUUCCAUGAUGAGGUCAAUGCAUAUCGCCAACAUUGGUGGAAAUGUAAUGGUCCAUGUCAGAAAUGGCCACCUUUUUAUGGUGUUGUAAAGCGAGCAAUGAACAGAGCUCCUGCUCCAAGAGAUACGUGGUGGGAUGAUCACAAAAGAAAAUGUGGGGGUGAAUUUACCAAAGUUAAAGAGCCUGAAAACUAUGGAAAACGAAAAUCUAAGAAGAAAGACAAAUUAACUGAGAAAGGAAAAGGGAAAAGUGUUAACUCMGAUUCAAAACCUAAUCUUCCAACUUUCUUUGAUAAAAUGAAAAAGAAUCAAACAUCUGAUAAUUCAUGUGGUGAGGUUGAUAAGRAAGGAACAAGURAAYACCAUGGAAAUAUGUCUGAUASUGACAGUAGUGAUGACAACUUAGAGACUUCAACAAAAAAGCCAAAAAUUGACAAUUCUCUUCCUCCUGGGUUCCAAGUUUUUUCAGGGAGAGGUCAUGUCUUGGGAGGCUCAAAAACAGACAAAGUUGAAAAUAACAGAGUACAAAAUCCUCUUGGAGUACACAACACAAAUGAUAAACCUACAUGUAAAGCUACAACUGGAGUACACAACACAAAUGAUAAACCUACAUGUAAAGCUACAACUACAUCCAAACAAACAGAAUCCAACUCAAGUCUUGAUUUUAAGAAAGGAUCUCAUAAUGGAAAAGYRUCUAAAAAGAAAACAGCUAUUCCUAGUUUAACAAUAAUUGAUGCCUUUGCUAGAGGCAAGAAGACUGUAGAAGAUUCUGUUACUGGAUCCAAGGAAAAACCAAUCAAUUUAUGUGAAGAUUCUUCAAAUGAUGUUCCAUGUCCUUCUUGUCAGUCUUUUAUACCUUUACACAUGAUCAAUAACCAUUUAGAUGGUUGUUUAACAAGUGUAUAAUAAUUAAUCAUCUCUUACUGACGCCUUUGUAAUCACUACAGAUAUGUUUGCAUUUACAUGAAGAUGGAUAAUCUUUUCAUAAUAUUUUUGAAAAAUUAUUAUCUUUUUCAUGUUAAUGCACAUGACAAUAUGACUGUACUGAUUAAAAAGGAUGUCUGUGUAAAUGUAAGUUAUCAGUUUACAUUAUUAAAUUUUAAAAUUCAUAGUAGAUUAAUAUUAAUUUUAUGAUAUUGAAAUGGAAAUACCUAAAUUUAUUAAGAGUAUAUAAUGUUUUUAUAUGUACAGCAAAUGCCAUAUUUUUGAAUGAUUCUUUGUUCUCAAAUAUACAAUUGAGAAUUGAUAUUAGAUCCAAUAAAAUAUUGUCCU